GGCUCCGCGAUGGCCCCGCGGGCUCCGAGCGGGGAAUUUCCCGCUCCUGCCGCCGCUUCCCGGCGCUGUCACAUCCUCAGGGUGUCCCUGCGGCGGUUUGAGCCACCUCCCGUAGGGCAGGCGCAGGAGGUGCAGGCCGAGAACGUGACGGUGCUGGAGGGGGGCACGGCCGAGAUCACGUGUCACCUGCACAGGUACGACGGCUCCAUCGUCGUCAUCCAGAACCCGGCCCGGCAGACGCUCUUCUUCAACGGCACCCGCGCCCUGAAGGACGAGCGGUUCGAGCUGGCCGAGUUCAGCCGGCGGCGGCUGCGGCUGCGCCUGGCGCGGGCCCGGCUGGAGGACGAGGGCGGCUACUUCUGCCAGCUCUACGCCGACGACACCCACCACCAGAUCGCCACCCUCACCGUGCUGGUGCCCCCGAGGCGCCGGUGGUCGAGGCAGGGGGCUCUGGCAGUGGAGGGGGAGGUGGAGCUGAGCUGCCUCGUGCCCCGCGCCAGACCCGCCACGCUGCGCUGGUACCGCGACCGCCGCGAGCUGCCAGGCCACAGCACCCGUGAGCAGCAGGGGAAGGUGUUCUGGCAGCGCAGCGUGCUGAGGCUGCGCGUGGAGCGCAGGGACCACGGGGCCAUCGUCACCUGCGAGGCCACACACCCCGCCCUGGGCCGGGGGCAGCGCCGCCAGACCCAGUACCAGCUGGACGUGCAGUACCCCCCCUCAGCACGGAUUGUCCCCUCCCAGAACGUCCUGCGCGAAGGUGACACCCUGGUGCUGACCUGCGCCGUCAGCGGGAACCCACGCCCCACGGAGGUGUGGUGGAGCCGUGGCAAUGAGUCGCUGCCCCCGCGGGCCCGGGCCGAGGGCGAGCGGCUGACGCUGCCGGCGCUGGCCCCGCAGGACAACGGCACCUACACCUGCCACGCCGGCAACGCCCACGGCCGAGCCGCUGACCACUACGUGCUCGUCGUGUACGACCCCGGGGCGGUGGUGGCGGCGCAGGGGGCGGGGCCGUUCGCGGUGGUGGGCGGGGCCCUGGCCCUGCUGGUGUUCCUGCUGCUGCUGCUGCUGGGGGCGCUCGUCUGGUGCUCCGUGCGACAGAAAGGGUCGUACCUGACGCACGAGGCGAGCGGGCUGGAGGAGCACGAGGCCCGAGAGGCUUUCCUGGGGGAGCCCGGCACAAAGGAGGAGUUCUUCAUAUGA